AUGCCAGAAAAGGUCAACCGUGAGGUUGGACCCCAGGAGAAGCAGGAUGAGACAUUCGUCGAACAUGCCCACCCAUCCAUGUUUGACGAUGAAAAAGCAGUCCGAGGCCAGGGCGACUACUCUGGUGCUGUUGCAAAAACAGAUCCGAGGGAGAUUCAGCUCGUCCGCAAGCUCGACAUGCGAAUGAUGCCCAUUGUCUGGGCGAUGUACUUUCUCAACUAUGUCGAUCGCAAUGCUAUUGCGAGUGCACGUCUUAAUGGAUUGGAAGACGAUCUCGGGCUCCAGGGAACACAGUACAAUACCUGCAUCUCCAUUCUGUUCGUUGGAUACCUGGUAAUGCAAAUCCCUUCCAAUAUGCUCAUGUCCUCUGGAAAGGUCCGAGCUUCCAUAUACAUGAGUGUCUGCAUGGGAUGCUGGGCCGUAGUGUCCGCCUGCACGGCGCUCACCAAGAACUAUACAGGACUUGUGCUGGUACGGUUCUUUCUAGGAAUCGCCGAAGCCCCGUUCUACCCCGGCGCUCUGUUCCUCCUCUCCCUCUUCUAUACGCGGAAAGAAAUUGCACUUCGAAUUUCGAUUUUAUACUCUGGCAAUAUUGUCGCAACCGCCAUGUCCGGUCUUAUCGCGCUCGCAACAUUUGAGACACUUGACGGAGCACAUGGCCUGAAAGGCUGGCAGUGGCUCUUCAUUAUCGAGGCCGUUGUCACAUUCGGCAUUGCCGUUCUGGGCCUCUUUAUGCUUCCUGACCACCCGCUCACCACCCGCUGGCUCACACCUGAAGAGCGAGAGCUGGCCCAUGCUCGUAUCCUGGCAGACACCGUGGGCAGCGAGAACUCAAAGGGCGUCCUGGCGGGACUUAAGGAAGCGUGCCGCGACCCUCGCCUUUACCUCCUUGCUUUCAUGCAGAACAUGCACCUUAGCGCCUGUUCGUUCAACAACUUCUUCCCGACUGUUAUCGGGAGUCUCGGCUUCAACACGACAAUCACCCUCGCACUCACCUGUCCACCAUACCUAGUCUCGGGUGCAGUGGGCGUCGUGGUGGGCAUUACCUCCGGGAAAUGGAACGAGCGAACAUGGCAUAUAACAGCGACCAUGGGCAUCGCCGUUAUCGCAUUCAUCAUAUCCUGUACUACGAUGAACACCGGGGCGAGAUACCUCUGCUGCUUCCUCUUCACCAGUGGUGCAUACGCUGUGAACUCGGUGAUCCUCGGCUGGGUCUCGGCCACGCUCGGUCAGACUCCGGAGAAGAAGGCAGCCUCGCUGUCGUUUGUCAAUGUUGUUGCGAAUGCGUCGUACAUCUAUACCGCGUAUCUGUAUCCGGAUUCUGAUGGGCCGCGGUAUGUGAUUGCAAUGUCGAGCAAUGCGGCGUUUGGAACGGCGACUAUUAUCAGUGCUUGGGCGUUGCGGUGGUGGCUGCAGGCUACGAAUAAGAAGAUUGCGCGUGGAUCUGUUGCUGGGGCUGAAGAUGGUGUCUUCUAUGCGUACUAG